AACAUUUAAAGGUAGCGAACUUUAGUGCGCAACGCAGGGUGCGUAUCACGAAAAAAUACAGGAGGUGAAGGACAGGAUUGAUAAUGCGAUCGGUUUCGUUGUAACUUUGAUUCCGUGUGCUAUUUAGACAUCUUCCACACAUAGCUGAUCUACUGGAGACCUCACACUGAAACUUGUGCAUCUGCACUAUAGAUGCGUGCACGAUUUUGCCUUUUGACAGUUGCAGCGCUUAAGCGACAGAGGGAAUAAAAUCAUACGCGUGUAAGAAAUACAGUCUCCAGGGCUGGAAAGACUUUAAAGGAUAUGGUGAUAUGAAGCUGUUUAGACACUGAAGCAUUGCUGAAAUCGCUGUAAUCUUCCAGCCGCCGAAGAGGAGGAGGAGAAGGAGGAUGGUUUUUGGAUUUGUGCCUCUUCAAGAGAAGCAAGGCUUAUUUAAGAAGAAAGAUCAUGGUGGCUGUCAGAGGGAAGGAUUCGGGAACCGAGCAGCUGAAGGAAGCCAAUGAGGAGAGCUACGUACCGGCCACGGCUGAGGGCACACGAGGAGGAGCGCUCCGCUGGGGUUAAAGUGUGCAGUGUGCACUACUUCCUGCCGCAGGUAGAGCUGUCACAGUGUGGUGUGGAGCUCUAGCUGUGUCAGAGGCUUGCCGUGUCCUUGCCUCACUGCUGCGAGAGCUGCUCGGCUGGAUAUCGCAAUCGUUCUCACGCGUGCACGCAGAGGAAUCAGGAUCCCGCCAACGCCAUGGAGAAGUGCUGUUCUGAGUGUUCAGAGCCCAGGAUGGCACAGAGCUUGUGCACCUUCUGCAACAAGUGGCUGUGUUUCCAGUGCACAGACCUGCAUCAGCACGAGAGAAGCUCGUCUCAACCCUUUGACCUGCAGCACCAGCCGCGAGACCCUCCAUCACCGUCUGAAAUAGGAGCCGGCUGCUGCGGACAUGCAGUUGUCAUGUGUCCUCUCCAUAAACAGGAGCCUCUGGAACUCCUGUGUGAAACGUGCGACCUCAUGGCCUGCAGCAUCUGUCACCUGUCCGCCCACAAAGACCAUCGACUGGUGCAUGUUGGGAAAGCUCUGCAAGAUCAACGAUGGCUCCUGCAGAACCUCAUGGCCCGAGUGGAGGAGAAGAGAUCUGCUGUGGAGAGCACCGCUAAACAGAUCCAGGGCAGGCUCCAUGGAAUAAAGAUCACGCAGAGGAAGGCAGAGAACCAGAUAAAAAUGGCUAAGAUGAUUAUGAUGAACGAGCUUAACAAACGGGCCAACCUAUUAAUAGAACAACUGGAGAGUAUCUCCAGUGAUUUCAAGCAACGUCUGGAGGACCAGCUGCAGGGGGCCAUAGAGCUGUGCAGCCAGCUGGAGCACAUGCAGAACUUCAUUACCUGGGCUACAGCCCACCACAGACGCAAUCCGCUGCUAUUCAGCAAAGAGCUGAUUGCUCUUCAGAUGCAGCAAUUACUGGAGCCACUGAUGCUCUCAGAUGCUUGGACCCCAUUGAAAAUCAAGUUUAACUGGGAUGCCAGCUUCUGGACCAAGCAGAUGUCCACUUUAGGUCACCUGGUUGUUGAAGGUGGAAGUCGUUCAUACUCAGAGGUUGUGGGUCAUCCCAGUAUCCUGCGACCCCAGCCUGUCCCAUGCAUAGCAAUUCCUCCUCUGUGCCAUGUGCGAGAACCCGGCUGUGCCUGCCAAACCUUCUGCCAGCCUCAGCUCUGCUGCCUUCACUGCAGACCUACACAAUCCGUCCCUUUGGAUAAAUUCCCUUCCCAGUGUCCUCAGGCCACUAGGCGGAGCUCCCCGCCGUCUCUUCACAGCUGCUGGGAGGCUGAUGCAUCUGUCCCGGUGCACCCACCUGGAGCUCAGCCUAUACAGCAGUCCACCUCUCACCCUGGAUCUGACCCCGUCCAGCAUGGAACCAGCUCAGCUUCACCUCGGCAGCCUGCGGGAUCCAACAACCACCUGCUGCCCGAGCCGCUCCCUGCUAAUUCCAUGCAGGCUGCCAUGGACAGAAGAAACUCUGUACCAGGUCAGUCUCCCAGUGAAAGAGGGCAAACAUCUGCACCCGAAGCAGCUUCAGGGCAAGGAGCAUCACCAGAUAAAGAGCUACCACUAGUCCACUAUCAGGCUCAAGUGCAGACGACCACAGAAACCAGCAACCAGCCUAUGAUUGAACUGCAGCCUAUCGUUGCUCGCAUCAGUGAUGACAGGAGAUCCUCGGCGCUGGAGAUGUUUGCGCUGGCUCAAGGCCGAGGAGGUGACGGCCAGAGCCGUUCCGGUUCGAAGAGGGCUACCAGGUCUCAGAGCACUUCAAAGGGACCCAGAGGACCUCGUAAAAGGCUCAGUAAAGACAGGCUGAACAGGGCUGCUCAUAGCCUGGCAACAGUGGCUGGGGACCAGGGAUGCACAACGCAGCAGCAGGUCUGUGCACGACUCGAUGCUUGUGUGAUGAUCCCAGGACACAUAAGCAGUCACACUGCAUCCUCUCUGACCACCUACAAGUCUGAACCAGAUAACGUAUAUGCAUAUGCCUAUGAAAACAGAAGGCUGAAAACCAGAAAGAAGAACAGAAAGUCUCAAGAAGAUCCAGACAACAGUGACAAAGAAGCCCCAGAUGGUUCCAAGGUUCCAGUUGUGUGUCUUGAGCGACUCAAGAUCCUUGUAUCACGACAUCCACCACAGAACCAUCAGAGCACAGACCUUACUUCUCAAACAGAGCCUGGACUCAAACCUGAAGAAACUGUCUUCAGGGUGCUUGAGAGAAACGUCACUUCUCAGGGAACUUUGGAUAAGGAGUCAGUUCAGACAGAGGACAACUUGUCGCCCACAGAGCAGCUAUCACCAGAACAUCUGCAUAGCAGUGAAUCAUCUGGCUCCCUUGAGGCUUCUCAGGCUCCUGUGCAAGAAUUUUGCAACAUAAACCAAGAGUCCGGAGUCCUAGCCAUCUCCAAUGAUUCAGACCCUGUCUCACAAGCUGAAACUGAAGAAAUACACUCCCCAUCUGAACUCAGAUCAGUGACAGGUUCUGAUUUCCAAACUGAAUCCACAAGAGAGGCUGAACCCGGCUCAGAUGCAGAUGUGGAAUCGGAACUCCUGCAGGAAUCAGAUCCGAGCGCUGAAUCCGAACUGCAGGUCGAAUCCGAAUCGGAUGUGAUUUCAGAGCGGCCGCCUGAAUCAGUGCUCUCGGCUUCUGAACAGGAAUUUGAAUCAGAUCCAGAUUCAACAGCCGGAGUGACUCUGAAUCUUGAACCGGAGUGUGAAUGGGAAGUGGAGCAGCCGGUUCUCCCACCUGCCACUGAUUCUGAACCUGCCGUUGAGCAUCAGCCUGCAGAGGAAAGCCCUGAGAUAGAGAAUGAAGACUUCUGUGCUGUCUGUCUCAUCGGAGGAGACCUUCUCUGCUGUGACCGUUGCCCCAAGGUCUUUCACCUGUCAUGCCAUGUCCCUCCUCUCCAUAGUUUCCCCAUAGGCGACUGGAUUUGCACCCUGUGCAGGGAUGUGGAGCAACCAGAGGUGGAAUACGACUGUGAGAAUGACCAGAUGUCCACAGACUCGAUGCCAUAUGGGCUGUCGGCGUGUGACCAGAGGAAAUGUGAGAAGUUGACGCUGCUGAUCCUCAGCAACAUUCUUAGUGCUCCGUUCCAUGAGCCUGUCAGCCCUCUGGCCCGUCAUUAUUAUCAGAUCAUCAAGAAGCCCAUGGAUUUGUCUGUUAUUCGGAACAGGCUCAGCAGAACCAGCAGCACACACUAUUGUUCCCCGCAAGAGUUUGUGGCUGAUGUCCUGCUCAUGUUCAAAAACUGUGCCAAGUUCAACUACUCAGACUCAGAGGUGGCUCAGGCAGGCUGCAGUCUACAGUCCUUUUUUACAUCCAAACUGGUGGAGGUUUUCCCAGAUCUGACCUGCCCUGUCGAAGAAGAGGAGGACUCAGACAAUGAGGAUUAUGAGGAGCUGGAGAGAGCCAUGGUGACUGGAUUUCCCUGGCCUGAGAGAAAAGAGCAGAGCCACAGAAAGAGGAAGAGGAGGCACUCCCUCAACUGGAGGAGAAAUCACUAUUAGUUGUGCCUCUAUAUAUAUAUGUACAGAGACAUUUGACCCACUUGCUCUGAGUUUUCCAUCCUGGGCGACUUUUUUUUUUUUUUUUUUUUAAAGAUUCAUGUUGAAAUACAGUAUAUGUUUUUUCUGAGGACUAAUCUCACACAUUAUAUCCAGUUGAUGUGUUAUGCUGUUAUCUGUAGCUGUGGGUAGGUGUUGGUACAAGCCUAUAUCUCCAGACUUCGCCUAAGGUCUUGCACUAGUAUUUAUUCCAAUGCUUAUACUUACAUUAAAUUGUACAAUCAAUUUGAUAGCUGACUGGUUGCUGGCAACUGCUACUUAGUACAUAUAGAGAAGCAACAUCCAUUGGUAAUAUUAUAUACGGAAUAGAAUUACUCUAAAUUUCAUUCUUCUUUUUAAUCCAAAUAUCCCUUGUAAUGAGGUACUUUUUCCAGCUGUUUUACUGUGAUGAUUUUAUUGACCUGUAGAGGGAGCACUUCAUAUAGCCUGUGGCAACACAUUAGUUCAUAUUGGACUUUUCCAGUGGCAGGAGGAUGUGCGUAAUGUGACCGAAACCCACAAACCCUUUUUAGAAUUAAAGAGGGAUAAUAUUAGGCUGUUGCUACACAACUGUGAUGUUUUAAAUGAAUCUUUUAAAUGCUUAAUGACUAAUGAGACAAACAAAAUCUUUUCACGGGCGGACGGAACACUUUUUAGUCCAGCAUGUUCCUCCAUGUGGUUUACUAACAGGUUUGAUAUUCGUAUGUCUUAUGAAUUUGUUAUACUGGUCUUAAUUGCUGAAAUUGCUGUGCAGAUCAUGUUAAGUCCUCUUCUAAUGCUGUUUACUAUCUUUAGCUGGAUUGUAUUUAGUCUUAAAAUAUAUAUACUGUAUGGUGUAAAUACGCAGUUCAGACUUUGAUGUUUCAUUCAGCCACACAAAAAAUAACAUUGCUUUUCCCUAAUGGUUUUAAAAUCAGACUAGAAAUGAACCUCAUUUAAAUACACAGUCAAUGCUGAAAUGUUGCCGAUUGGGCCUUCAAGAUUUUACAUAUCGGUACAUUGGAGUCACUAAAGAAAUAUCAGUGCUUUUUUUCUUAAGGCCUUUCUUGCUUUAUCACCAAUAGCCUGCCAGAAGUAAACUCAUCGUAUCACUAAUUAAUCAUGCAAGUAAUUGCCUUUCCAAAAACAACUUUCAACUUUUAUUGAACUGUACAAAAUAAGAGAUUAAAACUACAUCUGGAAAUUUUCAGCGUUAUUUUAAAUUCCUUUGCUGUGUCAACAAACGCUACUGCGUUGGUUUUCUUGUGACAUUUAUAGUUUAAGGAAAUUGAGAUUAGCUUAGGUCGACAUGCGACUUUUAAACACUAAAAAGUCUUGUGUACAUACACAAAGCCCUAUGUACGCAAAGCAUACUUAUUGUAAAAAACAUUUUUCAGAGUGUAUUACUGAUUUUAGUAAGAGUUGGAUGGGUUAACAGACUGAAACCUUUCUAAAACCCUAGAUAGGCAUAUAAACACAUACUCAUUCAACUUUUUAACAAGUUCAAACACCGCUAGAUGUGUAAUUCCGUUAGAAGUUCAAACAGCUUUGACACACUUAUGACUCAGCCUGGCAAGUGGUACACAAACACUAGGCCUCAUCUGAAAAUGGGUCUGUUCCAGUGUCUUUCUAAUACAAUUUUACUUUCAGGGAACUAAUUAAAACAUCAUGUCACCUUUAAAGCAUUACUUGUGGAAAUACAGCUCUAAAUGCAGAAGAACUGCAGUAUUGGUGUUGGCCUGAGUGGGUUUUGUGACUUAUUAGCGUUCCUUGUGUGAGCAUAUGAACACUGUAAUGAGAAUUGUGAGGGCUUUUUCCCAUAGAGCAGAGACUCGCUAGAACUCCCCGAGAUUCUCGAGGCUGUAUUGUUGCAUGUGGAGUUCUGACAGAUUAAUAAAGUCUGGCCAUCCAGCAGCACGGAGGCCAUAAGCCAAGAAGAGAGCCCUGGAUAAUUUCAUUACAAGUGAAAAACAUUCGGAUGACAUCUCCACCGGCUACGCUAAAUCAAUAUGAGGUUUUCCACUUUGUGUUUGAUAUGUGAAAACAAAAUGCAUAUGUAUUCUGCGCGAGGGUAACGGGACACUGUUUCGGUUCAGUAUUUGCAAGAUAAAGAUUCUGCAAUCAAGGCUGUUGCUUGGUAUGACAUCAGUUUGAUUAAUGACGUGUGCAUUGCUUUUUUUAAGAUAGCAGGAAUUUCAGUUUCUAAACAUUUUCUUUAGCAAUAUCUUCAAAUAACACUUAAUUUAUAAAAGCAGUUAUUAUUUAAAUUCAAGGCCAAAAAUGUUAAUAGUGCAUCAAAUAAUUCUGAGAAUUGCACGUAGGGCAGUUUACAAUGUGCCAUGUUUGGCAGAAAUAAACGCAGCUGAAUAAUUUGUUUCUUGCUGAAAUCUCCCAGGCUCUCAUAUUGGACCAUUCCUUCAGAUAAAAAGAUAUUAACUGAGCAUUGAUGCCACCUAAAAGGGUGAUCAUCUUUCUUCAGUGAUAUCGGAUUUUUUUCUUUGUAAAUUGAGUUUCUCUAGAAAGGUACUGUAAUUCUUAACCCCAGCAGACACUUCCUGGCUCAUCUUAACUGACAGCUUCCUGAUGACACUUAAAUCAGAUCAGUGUCUGGUCUGGGUCUCGGAGAAUUCCCCAAUACCUGCAGGAUUACACCCCUGAUUGCCUUCUUAAAGAUGGGGGAUAAGAGCAGAGCCCCCACAAGGCCGCACUAAACACAGACAUGAUGCAAUAACUCUACUGGCAGCUUUUAAAUCCCCCUUUCCUCUUCUUCUCAUGAGAUACAGCUGGCCUCAUUUCCCCCCCUUCAGCUUUGAGUACUCAUUUAUAACGACUCCUAAAGGAGGUCAUGAUUUCUCGUAGUUUAAUGGGCAAUUUUUGCCCAUUCUUUUGUGUGUGCCUUUGGAAAUACUUUGAUUGUGAUUAGACAUGCAACUGCAUUUGAAAUAUCUAGAUAAUUAUGAA